AUGGACUCCAAAACCCCAGUUACUCUAGCUAAGGUCAUCAAGGUUUUAGGCCGUACCGGUUCUCGUGGUGGUGUCACCCAAGUUCGUGUUGAAUUUUUGGACGAUACUUCUCGUACCAUUGUCAGAAACGUCAAGGGUCCAGUCAGAGAAAAUGACAUCUUAGUCUUAAUGGAAUCUGAACGUGAAGCCAGACGUUUACGUUAA